CUCUCUAACACUCUUUCAAAGCAACCACUCCAUUUCUCCUUUAUUUCACUCACUGUCUCUGUUCUAUUCUGUCUAACCCAGUAACACUUCUGCAAACACCCCCACCCUCCCCCUUUAGUCUCUAUAUCUUCCUUGCUCGUGCUGAUCCUCCCUUGUGUAACAGUGCCCAGUGCUGGAUUACUGAGAUCUGACGCUGCUGAGACAGGCGGCUGUUGCAGGCUUUGACCAGAAUGGUGAGGUGGUUCCACCCCAACAUUACCGGAAUCGAGGCAGAGCAGCUUCUGUUGACCCGGGGAGGCCACGGCAGUUUCUUGGCCCGGCCCAGCAAGAGCAACCCAGGGGAUUUUACCCUUUCUGUCAGGCGUAACGAUGAGGUGACCCACAUUAAAAUCCAGAACUCGGGUGACUACUAUGACCUGUAUGGAGGCGAGAAGUUUGCCACACUGGCCGAGCUGGUGCAGUAUUACACAGAACAACAGGAUCUCCUGCGUGAAAGGAACGGUCAUGUCAUCGAGCUCAAAUACCCGCUAAACUGCAAGGACCCUACCUCAGAGAGGUGGUACCACGGUCACCUCUCUGGGCGAGAUGCAGAGAAACUGCUCACAGACAAAGGCAAGGCUGGCAGUUUCCUGGUACGGGAGAGCCAGAGUAAACCAGGCGACUUUGUCCUCUCAGUUCUUACCAAUGAAGAGAAACAUGAAAAUGUGGAUCGCAAGACCAAGGUCACACAUGUUAUGAUACGCUAUCAGCAGGACUGUAAAUAUGAUGUGGGCGGAGGAGAGCGGUUUGAUACCCUUGCUGAUCUGGUGGAUCACUACAAGAAGAAUCCCAUGGUGGAGAAAAGUGGCAUUGUAGUGCACCUCAAACAGCCAUUCAAUGCCACACGGAUUAAUGCCGCAAACAUUGAGAAUCGAGUGCGGGAGCUCAACAAAGUAGCAGACAACUCUGAGAAGCCAAAGCAAGGAUUCUGGGAAGAAUUUGAGGUUCUCCAGCAACAGGAGUGCAAACUGCUGUAUCCCCGGAAAGAAGGCCAGAAGCCAGAAAACAAGAGUAAAAACAGAUACAAGAAUAUCCUCCCCUUUGACACAACUCGUGUUGAAAUCAGGGAAAGUGAUCCAGAUGUCCCUGGUUCAGACUACAUCAAUGCCAACUACAUCAGAAGUAAGCACGAAGAGGGGCGCCAUAUGGAGGAGGGCAAAGUUUAUAUCGCCACCCAGGGAUGCCUUCAGAAUACAGUCAAUGACUUCUGGAAAAUGGUGUAUCAGGAGAACACACACGUAAUCGUCAUGACCACAAAGGAAAUAGAGAGAGGACGGAACAAAUGUGUCCGUUAUUGGCCGGACCUUAAUGCCACCAAGGAGUUUGGGAAGGUGUUAGUGAGGAACAUGGAUGAACGUCCAGCACAAGACUAUAUCCUGAGGAAACUGGAGGUGACACGUCUGGACCGGAAAGAGCCUCUGAGGUAUAUCUGGCACUAUCAGUACCUGAGCUGGCCGGACCACGGUGUACCCAAUGAGCCUGGAGGUGUGCUCUGGUUCCUAGAAGAGGUCAAUCGCACACAAAGCACCAUUCCAGACAGUGGUCCUAUUGUCGUCCAUUGCAGUGCAGGCAUCGGCAGGACAGGAACCAUUAUCGUCGUAGACAUUCUCAUCGAUAUCAUUAAUCGCCAUGGUCUAGAUUGUGACAUCGACAUCCCUAAGACGAUCCAGAAGGUACGGCAGCAGAGGUCAGGCAUGGUGCAAACAGAGGCCCAGUAUAAGUUCAUCUACAUGGCUGUGCAGCAGCACAUAGACACGGCUCAGAAGAGACUGGAGGAGGAACAGCGGAAUAAGAUGAAGGAAAGGGAAUAUUCCAAUAUCAAAUAUCCCCAGAUGACCAACUCGCGAUCCAAACCCAGCAUUGCAUCCUCACGCUCUUCUUCUGUGUUGACAAAUGACGAUUCGUCGAGUGUGUACGAGAACAUACACUUUAAAAGCCCGCAGACGUCUUUUAGCAGCAACUCCAGGAGGUAAAACCAUCGGGAGCUCCUCAUUUCUGUUUGCCUCUUAUUUCAGUCAAAGUGUUGCAUCGUCAGCACCUGAAAAUCCCUUGGAGGGGGAGGGGGAGGAGGAGGAGGGGGAGUGGCGCUCUGACCGCACCCCACCACAGUGGACGCUGUGAAGAUGGCAAGCUUACUCCUGCUCAGCUGAUCUUCUCUGUCUGGAGUAGAACUUCUACCUCCAUGGAGAGGAGGACUCUGCAGCAGAGUGUCUGUGCUCAGGGCCUCUGUCCCCCAAACUUUCUCUCCACUGUGCCCCAGCCCUCUCUCUCUCUCUCUCUCUCUCUCUCU